AGGGCGAGCCCCGCCGCGGGGAGAGGCGCCGCUGCUAGCUGCGGCGUGCGGAGGGGCUGCGUGCGCGGGGCUGGUGGCGGGGGCUGCGACGCUGGGGAAGACCUGGAACCCCAGUGCUGCCUGCCCGGCAGCUUGCUGACUUACGGCAGGGGCCUUUUCCUGAAGCAGGAGGUGCUUCGUUUGUACACCAAAUGCAAGAAACACAGACUCAACCCAGAAGAGUUUACAGUCAAUGCCUCUGACUGCAACACAGCAGUUCAACACCAGUUCCUAAAUGGCCUCAGGUAUGGAUGGGAAGAAAUGCAGUGUGUGGAUGUUUUUACCUCUUGUGUUUACUCUGUUUACAUCAGCUGGACUAUGGAUAGUGUACUUUAUAGCAGUGGAGGAGAACAAAAUUCUCCCACUCAGUGUACCAGAUAGGAAACCUGGUUCCAAAAGACCACCUUAUAUAAGUAUUGCAGGUGACACACCUCCUGCAAGCUGUGUAUUUAGCCAAGUCAUGAACAUGGCAGCGUUUCUAGCACUGGUCAUGGCUGUCCUGCGCUUCAUCCAGCUGAAGCCGAAGGUGCUAAACCCAUGGCUGAACGUCAGCGGCCUGGUGGCAUUAUGCUUGGUGUCUUUUGGGAUGACCCUGCUUGGCAACUUUCAGCUUUCCAACAAUGAGGAGAUCCACAACGUGGGCACAUCGUUGACCUUUGGCUUUGGGACUUUAGCAUGCUGGAUCCAGUCUGCCCUCACCCUCAAGAUCAACCUGAAGAAUGAGGGACGGAAAGUUGGGAUUCCACGAGUUGCCCUGUCCGUGAGCAUCACUCUCUGUGUGGUGCUCUAUUUUGUCCUCAUGGCACAGGGUAUUCACAUGUAUGCUUCCAGGAUCCAGUGGGGCAUGGUGAUGUGCUUCCUGUGCUACUUUGGCACCUUUGCAGUGGAGUUCAGGCACUACAGAUUUGAGAUAAUUUGCUCUGAGUACCAGGAAAACUUCCUGAGCUUUUCUGAAAGUUUAUCAGAAGCCUCUGAGUACCAGACAGAUCAGGUGUAGCCUGUCCUCUGGUGUCGGGGAGGGGAGUGGGUGUGGUCUCAUGGAUUAAACAUGACCUCAUUUACACUUUUUUUAUGAGUUUGUUUUCAUAUGCAAUCAUGAACAUAUUGCCAGAGGCCUCUGAGGGUAGCUAUCUCAUUGAGACCCAAAAAUAGCUGUCUUCUGCAAGAGAAGUGGAUCUUUCUCAGCAGCAGCAUGAGAGCACAAGCUGUUUAGUUUGUGCUACCAGUGACUCUUUCUUGAGUUGCUGUGUCACACUCCCAUUAUUCAAGACAUUCAACAGCCACUCCUCAUGAUGGCCCUCUAAGACAGGCACUCCUCAGCCUGUUCUGCAGAGAUGAAGGAAACUGACUUCUCCAGGCACUAAGAGUUACCAGACUGUAUCUUUCACAUGUUUCAUGCAUUGUGUUCUCUGCUGACAACUGGUAUAAUUUGGUAGGGUGAGAAAGAGCAUUUGGUUCUUCUGGGAUCAGGCAGCAGAAGACUCCAACUGACUGUUUUUUACCACAAGCACGCAGGUGUUUGUUCCAACCUGGAAAGCGGCUGGCAGUGAAUCUGGAUUUGUCAGAAACUGUGCUGUGAUCAGGAGGCAAGAGUUGGCUGAUGAUGCCUAGAAGCUGGGCAGACUGUCCUUAGGCCAGAGCAAAUGGCAGUGAGUGCUGUGCUCAGCUUCCCGCUUCAGACUCAGCAGUGGGGACUGGUGUAAAUGAAUUAAGGUAAGAAUGCCUUUGUGCCCUGAAGAUGACUCAGAAAAGGCUGCUUUUUGUAAGUGUUUAGCGCUCCCACCACAUAUCGUGUGUCAUACUUCAAAAGCUUUUUUUUCCUUUUGUUCAUUGAACAUUGUGUUGAGACACCAGGCUUACCUGCAAUGAGAACAGAACUGUUCCAGGUUUUUCUGGGCACAGGGUUUGUGUUUACUCCUUGUGCACUUAAAAGUCAAACUUGAGACAUGCUGACACUAGGCCUGAGCUUGACCUCUCAGUGUGGCCAGCUGUCCUGAAUGGAAUCCGCCACAGGUUUAAGCAGGCUUCUGAGGUGCAAGGAGGUGGCUCAGUGCCAGAGGUUGUAGUGAUGAGGCCUGAGGGCUGGAGGUGCAGGAGAGGAACAGCAAAACCAGAAGGGCUUCUACGUCCCUGAAGGGAGGUUUUUCAAACAGAAGGUCUCUUUCCAAAGAAAAAGCAGGUGCUCAAAGCCCCUGUUUGAAAACCUGAUUUUGGAAGGCUGCUCUAUUGGCUGGGUAAGGGGAUGACAGGAGUUGCUUCUCAAGAAUGCAGCUCCUGUUUUUGUCCAUGAGUCACGCUCAGCUUAGGUUUGCAUCUUGUCUGAGCUGCAGGAAAAUAAGCAGAAAUUAAAACAGCAGCAAAAGGCAUCUGAAGAGGAAGCAUGAGGACAUUCACUCUUCUGCAAAGGUGUGAGGCUUCUCCUGAAAGAAGAAUGUUUAUAAAGUCUUCUGUUGAAACAAGUAAAAAGAUUUCAGCCAGCCCUUUUAUCUUUUGUGGGUCAAAAUUUGUUAUCCAGCAGCUGUGUUAGAAAUUCAGAGCAUCUCUGGCCAACAGAGGGUUGUUGUUGGACUGCUGAAGGCCUCUUCCUUGUAGCUGUGUGGGAAACUGAAAUGGGAAGCUUUCCAGGGUGGAUGUGCUGAGGAUGGCCCAACGACACAGCAUCAUAGAGUGCUGGGCUCUCCAGCAGCCCACAGGGGGAGCUGCUGUGGGUGAGGGCAGAAAGGGACAGCCUGGAGAAGAUGCAGGUGAGGAUCCUCUUACGUGGGCACACACACUCAAUGCAUAUGGACCACAAAAUAGCAAUUUCUUUUAAGGAUGUUUUACUGUAAAUAGUCCACUGUGACCUUUGUUUAAAAAAGAAUUAUUACUUCAGUUUAUCAUUUUAUAUUUUGUAAUUUUAUGAAAGGGGGAAAAAAUUAUGUUUGUGAUUUAUUUUUCCCUCUCUUUUCCUAUAUGCAAUCCGAGCUGAACUUCAGGUGUUUUGGUGAUAAUACUGUACACUUCUUAAGAGUAUUUCUAAUAGCACAUUUCAGUAUAAUUCAAUGACAACUGAUACACACUGAAACAUGACCACUAAAUAAAGUGCUUUUAUGGAGAAAGUGAGCUUUAAUUUUGUCCCCUACCCCAUAGCUGGUAAAGAAAAAAUGUGGUAUUUACAGUGUUAUGACUAAAAUUAACAAUUCAGGAAGUCAGAGACUAUUUAGCCUUGCAGAUACACUUGACAGUGCUGAUUAUCAGAUUUUCUAGGAGGAGGAUUAGACACAUUACAUUGCCAGAAAAGGCAUCCACACCAACUGCCUCCCUCCCACCUGCUACCAAUGCUGGCAUGAUGAUGUUUCCUCCCCAAAUGCCCAUUUCUUGCUGGUUCUUUACACAGCAGUUUCCUUCAUCAGGGACAGCUGUAGAUGGGAGCUCAGGAAGGCAACACAUGCAGUAGUGUUGUUUUAGCCAUCCCUGAGGGCAACUGCAGCCAUGUAGAAAUGAGUGAGUAGCAAGUGACACCCUUGCACAAAGUGCCAGCAGCAGGGAGCGUGGGUUUCAGACUGCCUUUGCCUCCACUGUUACUAGGUAGAACCCAGCUGUGACUCUCACUUCUUAACCCCUCCACUGAGUCCCUACUGAAAUCCUAAGACAGUUAGGGAGGUAAUAGUUUUCUUGCCUUAACUAAAGGACUUGGGAGGGAAAAAAGCAGGAAAACGAAGUGUUCACAGGUUUAAAACCCCAGAGAUUUGCCUUUAAUUGCUGGGUGCUGCUGACAGGCUAAAUACUGGGAUGGAGUGAACACAACGGAAGCAAAAUUGUGUUUUUAUUAACUACAUUAGGAAAAGUUCCAUCACUAUCUCAUAUAAAUUGGCACAAUUUAGAUAAGGUGAGUGAAAAGGUCAAGGUUUUCAUUCUCAUUAAAUGCAGCAAGACUGACCAGUGGUAUGAAUGUGUCACAGGGUGACACAGGCAACUGAGAAGGAGCUCUGUGCUAAGGGAGAUAGUUCAGAAAUGCAGUCAAGAUGACUUUGGUGUUUAGCCAGUUGGAUCCCAUAGCCCAGCACAACGACACAGCAGUGAGGUGGGUCUAGACUUUAAUUUUUAAAAUCAUAAUUAUAUAUACUUUAUUCUGGCAGGCUGGCUGUAUAGCUUCCAUAUGCAAGUUGUGCUAUUUUGUACCUAAAUCUGCUGUGGAUAUGGCCAAGAUUUAAGUUGUUCUUAAUCUAAAAAAGCUUGCCUGCAGCAAGGGCUGGCUUUUUCUGUGGCUGCCCAAACCUACUGUAUUAUAGCCCACAUUCGGCAUUUUCCUUUGGGCAUUCUAAGCCCACUAACUUUGAAAGUUUUGACUUAGCCAGCAACCCCACCUGCAUGGAGAAGCUCACGUUCCCUCACAGUCCCUGGAGGUCCCUCUGGGACAGGGGACAUAUACCUUGUUUGGUGACUAUUUUGGAAAGUGACAGAGCUCUGCCAUAGUGGGGCAUCUCAACACCAGAUUUCAAUGGUUGAGUCUGAAGGAAGCAUCCCCUGAGCUAACUGCUAGCUGGGAAAGGGGAAGAACAGCACUGCUCACAGGUGCUGCUCCUCACCCUGUUCACAGCUCCAGCUGACUGCUGCAGGCCUCAGUCCUACUGCACAUGGGACCCUGCACCAUACUCUCCCAUCUAUACCUGCCUGAACUAGUCACAGGCCCAAGACAUUAUGUGGAUUUGAUUUAAACUCUGGUUAUGGGCAAAAUUACCUAACAUUACACAAGGACAAUUCAGGUGAAGCAGAGUCUUUUGUGCAUGCGCCACUUUCCCUAAGUGGAGGAAGGCAGGAAAAGUUCAGUGAAAGAUGAGAUGAGGCUGUAAUAUGACUUCUCAUCGUCCGUCAGUCCUGCAUUGCCAGGUCUGAUCACCACAGCCACGUGAGUAUCUGCUUCCUCUGCUGCGCUGGCUUCUGAAAUAGAGGUGGGGAGAGUGCAGAUGAGAUGUGCUAAACAAUAUUCAUUGAAAGAUGUAGAGAAGCUUGGCUAAUGCAUGUACAGAGACAUACACAGGCAACACAGUACAACCAACAGAGCUGACUCAUAACAACACUUCAUUCGCUAGUUACUUAUAUGCUGCUUCCACCCAUGUGAUCACCCAGGGCCCAAUUGAUUAACUUGCAGCACCUGUUUCUGAUAAUUGGAAGUAGCUUGCCAGCUGCAUUAACUUGUCCCUACCAUCUUUAUUCAAGCUGGCUGGUCCAAGUCAUAUUUGUACCUACAAUUUCCCCCUUUUUCUUUUUGGACCAGCCAGCCUUCAGCAACAUGUUUCAAAAUUAAAGGUACAUGAGGAAAACAUAAGUAUUUUUACCUAUGGCCAUGAGUUUACAACAAAAGGUCAAUAACAGCUACAAAGCUGAACAAUAUAAUACAGAAAUCCAUAAACUCAAAAUAAACAUAAUCUGAAAUAUGUUGCUAGGAGGGACGCACAUUGGCAAGAAGGGAUGAGUUCUCUGUACUUGAACUGAUGUUUCUGUUUCCUGAAUGUAGUUUUGGAUUUUUCUUCAACUUCUUUAGCAUGCUGAUCUGUGAGCAUUAUCUGUGAGUUGGAAGUAUCUCUUCAUCUGUAAAAAACAUACCAUUUUUGCUUUCAAGUUUCCAUUGGCCAUCUUGUUAAGUUCUUCAAUUCUUUUAAUGAGAUACAGAUUGCUGGAGGAAUUUGAAGCAACAUACGUGGCGCCACAGUUGACAGGGUUUACAUUUUAAUAGGGUGAUGAAUUGAGGGUGGCUCAAUUGGUUCUUUCCUCAAGAUUGUUUUUUCUAUUGUGUUUACAGUCAUUAAGUCCUUUUGGUUGAUGUGGCUUGAUCUACUUUGCCGGAAUCCACCGGGGACCUUGAUCUGUAACAACACAAGCAUAGCGUCUUUCCCACGUUAACAGAUCUGCAGGUCCUUGCCACUCUCCAGUAGUGGGAUUCUUAUACCAAGCUUUAGGUUUAUUAAGUAAAAUCCAAAUCCCGACUCAUUUGGGCAAAGUGUGUUAAUGCUGGUGGUUCAUUCCAGUUGUCCACAAUUCUGAGAUGAUUCAUUGUAUAAAGGGCUUUCAUUAGUCUAUCUUGAAGGCUCACCCCCUCUUCCCCCAUUUUUUGUUUUUCUAGCAGUCCUUUUAAGGUGUGAUGUGUACAUUCCAUAAUGGCCUGACAGGGGAAAUUUCCUGGGAUUCCAGUAGUAUGUUCAACACCCCAUAAGUUCAGAAACUUAUGUGUUCUACUGGCUAUAUAUCCUGAGCCAUUAUCAGUUUAUCUCUCUCAUGGAACGCCAAGGACUGUGAAACAACUCCUGCAAUGUCUUAUGAUUUGAGCACUGUCACUCGUUAAGGCUGUGACCCAAACCAUGGCCAAAUAGGUAUCAAUGGUGACAUGUAUUCGUUUAAAGCGUUCAAAGGGAGCAUAGACAGUGAUGUCCGAUUGCCAUAUUCCUAAUGGUGCCAGACCCCUGGGAUUGACUCCUACCCCUAGGCCCAUUUGAUUCUGGCAUGCAGGGCAUGUGGAAACAAUACCCUGAGCAUCUGAUAUGGUCAGGUCAAACUGCUUUGCCAGCAUUUUCGCACCUUGGUGAAAAAAGUCAUGUGAUCUUUGGGCUUGAGAAAAUUUGUCAAUUAUUGGCCCCAUAGGUAUCAAUAAAGGAGCUGCUACUAUCUUGUCAACAAUUUCAUUGCCAAUUUAUAACCCAUCUUUUAAGCCCAAAUGGCUUUGAAUAUGUCCAGUAUUAUAGGCAGUUUGAUUCAUUUAUCUGAUGCCAGAGCCGCAGAAGAGAUACAGAUUCUGAUUAGAGAUUUCUUUCAACAACGCUCUCUCUAAUCGAGUGACAGCAUCGACCACAUAGAGGGAAUCAGAGAUGACGUUUAAUGGGAUGUCUGGCCAUUUCUCAAAAGUUUUAACUACAGCCAUCAGCUCCAGCAGUUGAACUGAGCUACCUGGGGAGUGAACAGUUAGGCUUUGCCAUUUUCCAUUCUCCCACCAAACAACUCCUGCUUUGGCUUAGAUCUUACUUGCGUCGGUAAAAAGAGUCAGGCCUUUAACGGGUACUGCUGAUCUCAAUGGCCGGUCUUCCAUUUGAAAUUUAACAGAAAACAAUUUAUGGGCCGGAUAAUGAUUAUUUAUAGUCCCUGGAUAUGACAAUAAGGCCCACUGUAAUUCAUCAGAUUGUUGCACUGCCCAGUUCAAGAAUUCAUCUGAGAGGAACAUGACAUCUGCCUCAAUCCCUGCUAUUUCCAGCAGACGUUUCCUGGCCUUAACUAUUAUUUUUGCAAUUGCUUCUAGUCUCGUGGCAAUUGUUUUUUGCAAAUUAUAUGGCAAAAAUAUCCACUCCAGGAUCCUCAAUGGGUCUUUCGCUACUGAAUCCCAUUGCAUCAAGACUGCCAUUACAUGCUGGUUUUGACUUAUUACAGCAAUGUUAAUUGACAAGUCAGGAUCAUACCAAUAACUGUAGUUAUUGACUAUCUUGUUUCCUAUCUUUUCUAUUGCUUGUAUUUGCUGCCAGGACAGUUUUCAUGCACUGUCAGCCUCUACUGAGCCUUUUAACAAAGGCAUUAGUGGCACAAGAUCCUCAUCCAUGAUACCACAUAUGGUUCGUACCCAUUGGAUAUCACCUAUUAGCUUUUGAACGUCUGUUCAAUCAGCAAUUUCUGUUUUAAUUGUCACCUUCUGAGGAUAAAUGCGCACACUGGUGAUAAUAGUACCUAAAUAUUUCCAAGAGGUGUGCAUUUGUACCUUCUCUGGUGUGAUCACUAACCCGGAGAUGCUCAACUGUCACUUCACUUCUUGUAGAAUCUGGUGCUGGUCCAGGUCUUUUCCUGCAAUCAGGAUAUCAUCCAUAUAAUGGUAAAAUAAAACAUGAGGGUAUUUUUUGCAGAGGUGCUAGCGCCCAGGCAACAUAUGUUUGACAAAUAGUUGGUGAGUUCUUCAUUCCCUGAGGUAAAACAGUCCAUUGAUAUAGUUUUGCUGGCUCUUGUUUGUUAUUAGAUAGUACUGUAAAAGCAAACUUCUCACUGUCAUCCUCAUGUAGGGGAAUUGUGAAAAAACAGUCCUUUAGGUCAAUCCCUAACAGGGGCCAUGCUGUCAGAAUCAUCACAGGAGAGGGUAAUCCUGUCUGUAAAGCACCCAUAUCCUGCAUUACUGCAUUAACAGCUCUUAGAUCAUGUAACAGCCUCCAUUUCCCUGAUUUUUUAGGGAUAGUAAAAAUUG